AUGGAUGUACUUCUCUUGUAUGUUGAUGAUAUCAUCUUAGCCUGCUCUUCUACUGCUUUCAGUGACAGCAUUAUUGGUUUUCUUAUGAAUAGUUAUCCAGUUAAAGACUUAGGUAUUCUUCGUUAUUUCUUGGGCAUAGAGGCAGAGUUUCAGAACAAUUCACAACAACUGUUAUUAACUCAGAAUAAGUAUACAUUGGAGAUGUUAGAAAAGUAUGAUCUGCUCAACUGCAAGCCUUCCAAAACUCCAGUUACAAAAGGACCAAGACUGUUUGUUUCAACUGGUACUCCUUUAUCAAACAUCACUGAAUAUAGGAGCAUGGUGGGUGGUCUUCAAUAUUUGACAAUGACAAGACCGAAUAUCUGUUUUAAUGUCAAUUAUGUUGCUCAAUUUAUGCAGUCUCCUACUGAUGAGCAUUUGUUGUUGGUAAAGAGGAUAUUAAGAUACUUAAAAGGGACAUUAGGGACUGGUGUUCUACUUUCUGCUGGAGAUAUUACUGCUAUUUCUGCAUACUCAGAUUCAGACUGGGCUGGCUGUCCAGACACAAGAAGAUCAAUAUAUGGUAUGUGUGUUUUCUUAGGUUCAUCUCUGGUCUCUUGGUCCUCCAAGAAACAACCUACCAUCUCAAAGUCUUCAGCUGAGGCAGAAUACAAAUCAUUGGCCAUCACUGCAGCUGAGGUAGUGUGGAUAUCAUUUUUACUACAAGAACUAGAUAUUUCUCUUGCUACACCAUUUCAACUCUAUUGUGAUAAUGUUUCUGCAAAUAGUCUAGCAACAAAUCCAGUUUUUCAUGCUAGAACCAAGUACAUUGAGAUAGAUUACCACUUUAUUAGGGAGUUAGUCAGUUCUGGUUUUAUACAAGUUAGCUAUGUCUCUUCUGCAAAUCAGCUAGCAGACUUGUUUACUAAAGGACUAGUUCACUGUGUGUUUCUUACUUUGGCUGGCAAGCUGUUGUGUUUACAUCAAUAUCAGCUUAAGGGGGACUGUAAGAAUUCAGAAUGUAUUAUGUCUGAGUCAGUGUCUGAGAGAGCAUCUGAACUGUAA